AAGCAAAUUUUACUGUUAAUUUUAGCUUAUUAAAACCUUAUAUUCAGUAAAGGUUUUCUCUUAUUACAGAUAUGCUUUUGAGAGUGCUCGAUUGUGCGAAGUGUUGCUGUAGUUGGAACGUUCAACGUUGAGCAUUAUGCCGCUCUAGUGCUGUAAUUGGAAAACUACCCUAGCGUUCAACUUUAGCAUAACAAGACUAGACCAAAACAACUCUGGAAGAUAGAAAAGGUGUCAGUAGAAUAUACUUUUAAAUUGAGUUUAUUUUGGGAAAUGGCCAUUUGCAAAUUAUUUAUAAGAAUUUUGAAAAUUCAUAAUGCUAUUCCUGCUAGAUCCAUGUGUGGCUAUUUACAAGUUGAACCUGGUGAAAGUGAAAUUUGUAGUAUUAGUUAUGAAAAACCCACCAAUGUACUUCAACGAACACAUAAAGAUUUAUCUGAUGUAACUCCAUUUUUAUCGAACACAUUCAAUUUGGCUGCUUAUGUAAAUCAUUCUAAGACAUUACAAAAUCUCAUAGACCUGAAUGUCAACAUUAGUAAAUUUGAGAAGAAACCUUACAUUAUUGAGAAGUUAUUAAAAUUAGACUUUGAAAAAAAUAUGAAAAGCCAUAUAGUAUUUCUUUCUGAUUACGUUAACAUGGAACAAAUGGGUGAAUUUUUUACAAAGAAUCCUAUGAUAUUUUGUGAACAUUUAGAAGAUUUAAAAACUAGAGUUAAUUACCUAGAAAGCAAAAGAUUCUCUGAUAGUGAAAUAAAACGAAUAAUAAGCAAAAACCCUUAUUGGCUUAACUUUAGUACAAUUAGAAUUGAUAGAAGAUUCGGAUUUUAUCAACAAUAUUUUGAUUUAAGUGGCAAAAAUGUCAGAUGUUUAGCAACAACACAACCAAAAUUAAUAACUUAUAAUCUUCACCAUGUGAAAUGCAAUACAUUUGCCAUUAAAGAAGAAAUGGGUUUUAAAGAUGAAGAAAUAAAACUGCUUCUGCUAAAUAAACCGAAACUUUGGAUGAUAAAUCAAAGAAUGCUAAUAGAAAGAUUUAAUUAUAUUCACAAUAUAAUGAAAAUUCCUCACACAACAAUAUUAGAGAAUGCUGGAGUCUUAUUAAGCAGGGUUUUUAGAAUAAAACAAAGACAUCUCUUUUUGCAGUCAUUAGGUCGUGCACAAUAUGAUCCAAAAAAAGUGAACUAUGUUCCUAUAAAAGCGCUAGUUGAAAAAAGUGAUGUAGAAUUUUGUAAUAAUUUUGCAAAAUGUGAUAUUGAUGAUUUUAAUAUGUUUUUAAAAACCUUGUGAACAGUUAUUAUAAAUUAUCCUGUUUUACCAAGCAAUAGUUUGUUUUCAAAUGCAUUAAUUGAGUGAUACAAUAGAGCAUCAAAAAUGCCUGCAACAGUAAACACUCCUCCAAUUAUAGCACAGAUGUUUGUAGCAAAAUGACCAAUGGACCUGUAAAAAUAUAUAGAUUUGUGUCAUAUUGA